UUCAUAGUGAUGGGGGGGAGGGCAAGAGACACCUUUCUAACUGCUCUGAGGUCGGCUGCCAAAGAGACGCAGUAGUCCCACUCCCUUUUGGGGGCCGGGAGGGGGUGGCUUUUGUCCGCCAUGUUAGUGAAGGUAGACGAAGGAGAUCGGAGGUCCAGGACCAUCUGCUCUGCUGGCUGAAGUCCGCCAUAUUAAUAAAGAGACAGAAGGUUGACACCACCACCCCCCCAAAUACACACAACCCGUCUUUCCCACCCCGUUCCCACGACUCCUGUCGGUGGGCCCUUCCCCUGCCUCGCUUGCCUAGCCUUUGCGCGAAGGAAGCGUAGCAGCCAGCGCCUCAGAACAGGCUUAAGACCGCGCCGAAUGAGGGGGAAAGGGAAAUGCCGACCAAUUGCGCCGCGGCGGGCUGUGCCACUACCUACAACAAGCACAUUAACAUCAGCUUCCACAGGUUUCCUUUGGAUCCUAAAAGAAGAAAAGAAUGGGUUCGCCUACUUAGGCGCAAAAAUUUUGUGCCAGGAAAACACACUUUUCUUUGCUCAAAGCACUUUGAAGCCUCCUGUUUUGACUUAACAGGACAAACUCGACGACUUAAAAUGGAUGCUGUUCCAACCAUUUUUGAUUUUUGUAACCAUUUAAAGUCUAUGAAACUCAAGUCAAGGAAUCUUUUGAAGAAAAACAACACUUGUACUCCAACAGGACCAUCUAAUUUAAAAUCAAACAUUAGUAGUCAGCAAGUACUGCUUGAACACAGUUAUGCUUUUAGGAAUCCUAUGGAGGCCAAAAAGAGGAUAAUAAAACUGGAAAAAGAAAUAGCAAGCUUAAGAAAGAAAAUGAAAACUUGCUUACAAAAAGAACGCAGAGCAACACGGAGAUGGAUCAAAGCCACGUGCUUGGUGAAGAAUCUGGAAGCAAAUAACAUAUUACCUAAGGGUACAUCAGAACACAUUUUACCAACUGCCUUAAGCAGUCUUCCUUUGGAAGAUUUCAAGAUUCUUGAACAAGAGCAACAAGAUAAAACAUUAUCAAUUCUCUAAAACAGGCUAAGAAUACCUUCAUUUAAGAUUAGCCUACAUAAAACUUGAUGCCCAUCCUUCAUUCUCUUCAAAGGUAAAGAUAUUUAAGGAAAUUAUGCCAAAAUUGGGUAUUUAAUAAAGUUUUACUUGAACUAACAUUAUUACUGUAUAAUUCCUGAAGAUUUGAUUACAAAAAAAAUGGAAACUUUUUAUGAAAAUUUUAUUUGAAAAAGAAUGAAAGUGCCUUACAUGAGAAUUAUGUACUUAAAAAUUUUGCUAGGGAAUUGUAUGUUUGCAAGAUGUUUUGUGUUUUUGUCUUUUAAGGCUACUUUUAAAGAACUAUCUAUGACAAUGUGUUUAAUUUAUAUUAGAAAAACAGGGGUUUUUUUCCUAUAACAAUGUUAGGAUAUUACAUUCUAAAUAGGAUGCUAAGUGGGAGUUAACCAACAUUAAAUAUGACUUUAAAACUGCUGGGUUUUGUAUUAAUUAUUAUUGGCACUGUGAUCUGGAAAUUUUAUAGGAAAAAAAGAUAUACAAGGCAAGUUCUUUUAUUUAAACUUUCUGUAUCUGCUUACCAAUAAAAGUGUGCUAAUCAUGGCCUCCCUCAUAAAAAUAUUAGCUUUUAAAAUAGAUUGUAAAAUAUUUCGAAAAUAAUAUUUUGAAUAUGAAGUACUCUGGAGUCAUCCAAGCAAGGUUAAGACCUCAAGUACCUCAGACUAGUAAAAACUGGUAGCUGAUUAUAUGUUGUGAAAUAAUCCAGAUGUUGUGAUCUAGCUUUUACCUUAGUUAAACAAAAAGAUAAAUCUAUACUAUUUUUCUCAUAAUAAAAAUAUUACAUUUUUGAUUCCAAAAUGUAUGCAUUAGACAACAUGAUACAAAGUUCCAUAUUAGGAAUAUGUUCUCUACCCCCAUGUAUGUUGGUACUGAAACUCUUAAGCUUUUUUUUCUCCAUAACCCCACAAUAGGAUUUAAUAACAGAAGUACUUACUAUAUACCUUCACAACUUAUAACUUAAAAUGGAAUCAAUUUAUCGUAUAUAUCAGCUUGCUUUUAUCUCCUUUUUUAGUGAGUCAAAUAGAGCAACUGUACUGCAUAAGGGAAGUGAAAUGUAUUUUCUGUAAAAAUACUGUGUCCAGGGGCACCUAGGUGGCUCUGUGGGUUAAAUGACCUACUCUUGAUUUUGUCUCAGGUCAUGGUCUCAUGGUUCAUGAGUCCAAGCCCCACAUCGGAGCCUGCUUGGAAUUCUGUCUCUUCCUCGUGUGCAUGGUCUCUCUCUAAAAUAAAUAAACUUUUUAAAAAAAUA